AUGACAACAUACUUCAUUCGAAACUAUAAAGAAAUUCUCAAAGCUUGUGGUGGAAUGAACAUUGAGAAACAGAUGAAGAUUUAUACAAAGAGAGAAGAUAAAUAUGUAGUUCGUUAUGAUAGAACAACACCGUUAUGGGAUGUUAUGAAAACAUUGUGGGAGUGCAAAUAUUUCGAACCUAUUUCUUAUGGAGAACUUUUCACAUAUACUACUGACUUAUAUAAACAGAACCUUGCACCAUUUAAAGAUUUGACAUAUGCUCCAAAGUAUUGUGUACAACUGAAGAAGAAAGCAGAGUCAAAAGAAGUAAAUAAAGCUAAAUGUAAAUUCAUACCUGAGCACGUUUUCUUUGCUGACUUUGAGUGUAGUACGGAUGGCUUUCAUAAAGCUUUUAACAUCUGUUAUGACAGUGAAGAUGGUUCAGUUAGUGAAAGCAUUUGGGGUCAAAACUGUGCAACAGAAUUUUUGGAAAGACUUCCUGACAAGAGUUUAAUAUAUUUUCACAACCUCAGUUAUGACAUAAACUUCAUCUUAAGACACAUGACAGAAGUGAAAGGAACUCCCAUCAUUAAAGGUUCACGAACAAUGCAAAUAACUGGCUUAUAUAAAGGACGGGCAAUUAUUAUAAAAGACUCUUACAGUGUUAUAAAUAAGAAGCUUAAACUAUUUCCUGCUAUGUUUAACUUACAAACAGGACCGAAAGAAGUAUUUCCAUAUAACUACUACAGCAGUGUUUUGUUAGCAAAUGACAACAGAACUGGUGUCAUUUCUGAAGCAUGUAAGUUUAUCCAUGAUGCAGAUACAUUUAUGAAGAACAUAGAUUCCAUCAAAGGUUGCAGAAUAGAUGAAAACCACUUCGACUUAGAAAAAUAUAGCACGUUUUACUGCAAACAAGAUGUAAGAAUUUUAAGAGAAGGUUUUGUAAAGUUCCGCAAUGACUUAUUGA